AUGGGAAAAGAUUGGCAUUCAGUUUUAUCAGUUUGCUUUGAUGGUGCUUCAACUAUGGCUGGUAAAAUAGGAGGCGUGCAGACAAAAUGUAAAGAACAAAAUUCAAAUAUUAAAUAUAUUCACUGUUAUGCUCACUGUCUAAACUUAGCACUUGUUGAUUCAGUAUGUGAUAAAUCAAAAAAUUCCAAAAGAAAUAAAUUAGUAUUCAAUUUUUUUGGAACUAUACAAUUUACCUACAAUUUUAUUGAAAGUAGUGCAAUGAGGCAUGCAAUUUUAGAAAAAAUAUCCAAAGAUGUAGGAAUUAAGUUACUUACAUUAAAGUCGUGUUCUAUUACUCGCUGGGCGUGUCGAGCAGAAGCAGUCAAAUCAGUGCUUAAUAACUAUGAAGUUUUGCUUUUAGCCAUAGAAGAAAUUUGUGAAAGUAGUAGUGUUCCAGAAAUGUGUGCAAAAGGAAUGGGUUUGAAGUAUCAAUUAAAAAGUUUUGACUUUAUUUUUGGGCUGUAUUUAUUGAAUCCUAUAUUAAAUAUAAUAUUAAAGACAAGUUCUUUAUAA